GAGCCGUAGUACUUGUUCCUUUCUCCUCCUUUCGUUCCGUUUGCAACAAAUGGUCCCAAAAGGAGCCUAAAAGAGGUCUGGCCGUCUGUUAAUUAUUUCUUUCCCAUGCUACACGAUGCAAGAAGCCAGGGGAGGUAGCGGUCACACUAGCAGCAGUAGUAAGACCAACAAGAACGGGAAAGAGGAAGAAGGUGGUGGAAUGGUGCUGAAGAAAGGCCCAUGGAUGGCCGAAGAGGACGAGAUUUUAAUAGAAUACGUCCGAAAGCACGGCCCCCGUGACUGGAGCUCCAUUCGAUCCAAAGGCCUCCUUCCUCGCUCCGGCAAGUCCUGCCGCCUCCGAUGGGUCAACAAACUCAAGCCCGACUUGAAAACUGGGUGCAAGUUUUCUCCAGAGGAAGAGCGGAUAGUGAUCGAUUUGCAGGCGCAAUUUGGGAACAAGUGGGCGAGAAUCGCAACAUAUCUGCCGGGAAGGACGGACAACGAUGUGAAGAAUUUCUGGAGCACCAGGCAGAAGAGACUGGCGAGGAUCCUGCGGACACCCCUGCCAUCCAGAUCGAAUAAGAACCAUGGGAAGCUUCCUCUCUCUUCUCAUCAAGUGCCCAAUUUGGAGGAUCCCUCUCUGGAUCGAAUUUUAUUCGAGGAAAAUGGCGGAUGCAACCAGAAGGCCACAAAGAUGACUCAAAUACCGGAUAUCGUGAGCCUCGACACGGCCCUCCCCCUGCUUGAACUAGAACUAGCCAUGGAGAAAGAGCCGUGCCUUUCGGACCCGGCACCGCCGUCGCAGCCGCCCUUCGACCACCUCCCGCACCCACUACUCGUCGACCUCCCGCUGCCAGUCCUGCCGGAGGAUGCCCCGGGACUCUCACCGGGUUUCGGGGAUGCGAUCUUCCCGGGUGGACUUGCUUGCCCGGAGGCACCACCUGAGGGGCUGCCGUUCUUGGGCAUGGAUGCUGGGCACGAUGACAUCGAGAGUGUGGACGAGCAUCCAGGGACGUCAACCGACUUCUUCGACGACUUACCAGCCGACAUGUUCGACUACCUGGAGCCGCCGCCGCCCCCGCCCCCGGCUUCAUCUACAUCAUGGUAGCGUUAUGCAUUUGGUGUAGGGGAGAAUUAGAAGUUCGACGCAAUGAGAUUUGAUUGUAAUGUUGUGUUCCUUUGGAACUGGAUUUUGAACUGCAUCCCUGGUAAUUGAUUUUUC